UUUCUUGAAGGUCACUCGCGCCGCUUGCGUCUGGGUUUUCGCGCUUUACUUGAUUGGGAUGACUGAGGUUCAGUCGAGUGCUGGUGCAGAACAAAAGUAUGGGGGUGCUGAAGGGGCAGAUGCUAUGUAUGUAAAGCUCGUAUCGUCAGACGACCAUGAGUUCUAUGUCCGUCGAGAGCAUGCUCUUACGAGUGGUACCAUAAAAGCAAUGCUUUCAGGUCCAGUUAAAAUUCGUUUUCACCAUAAAAUUCUAGUUAAUUAUCAUAAACAUUAUUCAUGCAGUUGUAAGCUGUGGCUGGUCCGGUUACAUAACGUCCGUACAUUAUUGUAAGCAGUAUUGAGAUAUAUUGCGUCAUAGUAAUUUUUGAGUGUUAUCGCCUCUUUCAUAAUUUAUAAGGUCUUAUUCCAAUACAAUUUCUGACACUUACCAAACAUUCCUCAUGACGUUUGGAUCUGUCGUAACAGCUCAAAACUCUGCAUUCCUAUCAGUCUUCUGUUAUAAGGAUAGAAGGCCGGUAAACAUGUGCUAAUCCUUUCAUCUUGUCUCCCAGUGAGAAUUCAGCUUCCUGGGAAUGUUCACCGAUGAAGAUGGUGUCACUUGUUCGAGUAAGGCGUUUCAGUCAUUGAACACUCAAAUAGAGAAGCAGAACACAGUUUAUUAUAUCAAGGUUUUGCACCUUCUUGCUAUGACCUCGAAGAUUUUUAGUCUGGAUGAAGCAUCAAAAUAAGACCGUUUUUAAAGAUAUGAAGUGCCAAUAUAGGGUUACCUCGCAUUCUGCGAUACGACAGGAAAGGUUCAGGCGUCUUGAGCGCUCAUCGUGAGUUUGGAAAGACUCCACUAACGUUUUGUUCUUUAUUUGGACAAGUACGGCUAUCGCAUACCAACUAUCCUUCGUCAAUUUCAAGAGAAUGAAACAAAUGUUGUACAUUUUCGUGAAAUACCAUCACAUGUAUUACAAAAAGUAUGCAGUUAUUUCGCUUAUAAAGUACGUUAUACAAAUAGUUCAAGUGAAAUACCAGAAUUUCCUAUUGCUCCUGAAAUUUCAUUAGAAUUAUUAAUGGCUGCUAAUUUUUUAGAUUGUUAAUUCAUUAGUUAUUAUUGUCACUAAUUUUCCUUUAUGCGCUUCGUUCUUUUUUGUUUUUGUUUUGUUUUAUCCUAACAAUUAUCUUGUGGGAGUCCUCAUUGGUUUGUUCUUAUUAUUACUAUUCUUAAUAAGCAACAACAAAAAACAGACAGCGAAAAAUACCUUAAUUAUUCGUAUUUCUUUAGUUCUUUAAGUGAAUGUUUUUUUCUUCACAGACACAAAAAACAUACCGUGAUAAUUAAAAAAAUAAUAACCAUUACUAUCCCUACUACCACUACUACUACUACUACUACUUCUGCCUCCUUUGUGCUUCCUUUGUCUGAUUCUUAAACUUACUAAGGAACAAAAAAUAUAUUAAUACUUUCAACUUUA